AUGGCAAAACUUAAUAUCCCCUGGCCGAAUGUGAACAGUGAGAGAGACAUAAUCAAUGCGCUAGUGUGGAAUCGAUGGAUACUACAAAUUAUAGGAAUCUGGCCGCUAGUAUAUUCAAAUACUUCAAUGAUCGAAAAGAUCUUAGCGACAAUAUCAUUCACGUUAUGUUGGUCUGCGCUCAGUUUCCUUUUGAUUCCCAUGACCAUCAUUACACUUUCGAAACACACUCCCAUAAAUGACAAAAUUAAAGUGCUAGGUCCGUUCAGUCACGUAUUCAUCGUGAUGUUGAAAUAUUUCUUCCUGGUGAUUCAUCAUAAGAGCAUCCAGCAAUGCAUUUGCAAUUUGAGUACUGAUUGGCGUACAGUCCAGCAAGAGAAUCAUCGAAAAAUUAUGAUUAAAAACGCAUCAAAAAGCCAUUUAUUAUCCAAGUUUAGUGUAAUAUUCAUGUAUUGCGGAGGCUUGUGGUAUCAAGUCGUAAUGCCGUUUUUGUCGCAUACUAUCAACGAGCAGAAUGUCACUAUCAAACCAAUGCCUUUUGCUGGCUUUGAUAACGUUUUCAACUUCCAUUUUAUGCCAGUUUAUGUGUCUGUCUUAUGCGCGCAAUGGUUCUCCAGCAUCGUACUGUUCAACGUCACUAUAGCAGUAUGUUGCUUAGCAGCUAUGUUCGUAGCUCACAUUUGUGGUCAAAUCGAGAUCGUAAUGGAUCGCGUAGAAAACAUUAUAAAAGAUGUACAACGCAAUCAUAUGAAGCAAUAUAUGGCAAUUAUUGUAAAACACCACGUGCAGACAUUGAGGAGAUUUAAAGAGGAUGAUUUUGAUAUGGGAAAGAUUCUGAAGGAAGGAAAGUGGAUGCCGCAUGCAUUAAGUGCAAAAAAUAAAAAUGAUCGUCUUGAGAAGUGUUUAAAUCUGUACAAUAAACAGCAUAGAAAAUCUUUCUUGUGGAAAAUCGUGACUUGUGAUGAAAAGUGGAUUUUUUAUGAUAACCCUAAAAAGAGAAAACAUUAUGUGGAUCCAGAACCGACUACAUUAACUCACUACAUUAACGCCAAAACGCAACAUCCACAGCAGCAAAGUUAUGUUAUGCAUGUGGAAUGGAAUAACAACGAUAGCAUAGCCAUUUUGACAUAUCUCUUUCUGUUAAUAUCUUUUGUCUUCAACGUUUUCAUGCUUUGUUACAUUGGUGAACAGUUAACGAGUCAGAAUGUCACUAUCAAACCAAUGCCUUUUGCUGGCUUCGAUAACAUUUUCAAUUUCCAUUUUAUGCCUGUUUAUGUGUUUGUCUUAUGCGCGCAAUGGUUCUCCGGUAUCGUACUGUUCAACGUCACUACAGCAGUAUGUUGCUUGGCAGCCAUGUUCGUAGCUCACGCUUGCGGUCAAAUCGAGAUCUUAAUAGAUCGCGUAGAAAACUUUAUAAAAGGUGCACAACGCAAUCAUAUGAAGCAAUAUAUGGCAAUUAUUGUAAAACAUCAUGUGCAGUCAUUGAGAUUUUCGGUCAACAUUGAUAAUAUUUUACGCGAAAUAGGUUUGAUUGAAAUAGUGGGAGCAACGUUAAUUAUAUGCUUGCUGGAAUAUUAUUGCAUCACGGAAUGGAAUAACAACGAUAGCAUAGCCAUUUUGACAUAUUUUUUUCUGUUGGUAUCGUUUGUCUUCAACGUUUUCAUGCUUUGCUACAUUGGUGAACAGUUAACGAGUCAGUGCAGUAAAAUUGGAUAUACUUCGUACAAAAUCGAGUGGUAUCAUUUACCAGGAAAAAUUGCACUCGAUCUUACGUUAAUAAUCAGCAUAUCCCACCAUCCUGUAAAAAUUAGUGCAGGAAAAAUAGUUAGUCUUUCGUUCUCGAGUUUUGGCUCCGUUCUGAAAACUUCAAUUGCGUAUCUAAACUUGCUCCGAAAAUUCGUUUAA